GGUGCCUAAUGGCUGAUGUCAUUCUUAAAUUGAUCAACAGCAUUGUUGCCUGCCUGCCUUCCCCUUCCUUCCUACCACCUCCAGCAUGGAUACCCAAUGCCCCAGUUUUGCCCUCCACCAGGACAUCUACACUGCUCCUCAUUGUCCAAUUAUUGUCUCUUGUCACAAUGCGAAUGCCUUGAGAGCAGUGACACUACACUAUUUCAUGGCUUCUGUAGCUACAACUGGUCAUCUUGGAAUAGCACCUGUCUAUGGCUCCAAAUGUGCACUAUCCACUGUCGCUUUUGCAUCUUUGACCCACGUUAUGAUCAUCGACUUUCCAAGACAGAGAAAGGGAGGGGGGAAUCUUCCUGCUUCAGCAAAGCACCCCACCCUAGACUUGCUGGAAUAUAUUGUUCUGUGCAGCCCUUAUCCGAAAUAUGCCUUUCGCAUGGACAAUAUAGCACUAUCGCUCAUACUUGACCUUAAUUUGCCUAUCGUCAAUGGUGUAGACCUAUUGGACCUUCAGUCUAACCGACAAUCCUUUGAGUCAGUUCUCGUCGCCUUGGGUGGCAAAAGCUAUCACAGCCAGCUCCAUUGUGAGAACAUUGUGGCUCUAUUUCAGCAGGAGGAAAGCAGUCAGACGCUUGAAAAGCACACCACUUUACAAGCAUGGUCAGCAUGCUGUGCUGUGAUGCUUGACCACAUGGUGACCGCAAGCGACACUCCAAAGAUCUCUAUGCUGAACUUCGAUCAAGCACACUUAAUGGUUCUGGCAAAGAUUAAUCGACACGUGCACCGUCUGACAGAUUUGAAGCCUCUCAGAAUGCACAACGAGGUUGAAGCAGUGUUCAGCCACAAGUCCGGCAAACUGAAUGUUUCUUCUGCUAGAUUCAAGAAUCGAGUCAGAAAGUCAGGUGCACAGACCAUGGAAAUCUCAUCCUCUGAUCUGAAUGGUCAACCCAAGACUAGUCCUGGCCAUGUCCUUAGAGUUGAUGGACGUGCUGCAAUGAUCGCAAUUCAGAGCUACUUGUCAACCCAAGCUCCCCUCAAAGUUACAACUAUAGGUAGAGAAGAUCCAACUCAAGCUGAGCAGGCUAGAGCUAUGAUAGUUCUCGCUGCUCUACAACAGUCAUCUGUUAUCCUCGACCACCCGUUCAUCCAAGCGCUCUGCAUUACCAUCAACUUCCCAGGCCCAUUGAACAACUCUCAGUGUUGCGCAGUCAAUCUCAUUCUUUCAAACCGUAAUGCCGAUAGGGUCACCGUGAUUCAAGGGCCCCUGGGUACAGGGAAGACGACUGUCAUAGCAGCUGCAGUCACGAGUAUAGUCACAUCCACUGACCGGAAUUGGACACUAUGGCUUGUAGCACAUUCCAACAUUGCUGUCAAGAACAUUGCAGAGAAGCUGGCAUCGAUUGAAUUCUCAGGGUUCAAGAUUCUCGUCUUGAAAGACUUCCAUUAUGACUGGCAUGAGCACUUGUAUAGAUUGAUAGAGCCCAACCUCAUCCAUUCGGAUGAUUUCAUCGGCGACAGAGUGGCUAUGGAAAGGCUGCUUCUAGAUUCAUGCAUCAUACUGUGCACCCUCAUCCAAACAAUCAUCUUCAACGAGGCAAGUCAGAUUGAAGUCAGUGACUAUUUGCCUGUGAUACACCGAUUUGCAUCUUUGUUGGAGACCAUAAACAGCAUACAUUUAUGGAAGCUCAUAGCCACGGAGCUACACUGAAGAACUCAUUCACACAGAUGUGCAAGGAACCAGCUCGGUAUUCAUGAGACGAUGGUACAGAUGGUGGUGGUAAACUAAAGAGAUGUGACCUGG